CCUCGGCUGUCGCUGCAGGACAUGAACAGGGAGGUGGUGAAGACCGACUGUGCCACGGUGCAGAUUCCAGAGCUGGACUUUGAGAUCCCUGCUUUCUCCCAGAAGGGAGUCCUUACCACCAUCGAAGGGAUAAUUGACAGAGCCAUCGCGGGCCUGGAGCAGGACCAGCCUGUCCGCAGGGCGGCAGAUGAGGAAGUGGCAAGGAAAAUCGAUGAGUUUAUUGGUAAACUAAAGCAGCUGAAGGAAGUGCAUUCCCCCUUCACCUUUGUCCUAGACGACCCCUCGGGGAACAGCUUUGUGGAGAACCCUCGCGCGCCGCAGAAGGAUGAUGCGCUGGUGGUCACGCGCUACAGGAGGACUCCCCAGCAGGCUGCUCUGCUGGGACUGGAGGGAGAGGAGCUGGAUGAGAAGCCAGCUGAUCCUGCGGAGGAUCUGAGGAAUGAGGUUCUGCAGUUCAACACCAACUGCCCUGAGUGCAACGCUCCAGCUAACACCAACAUGAAGUUAGUGCAAAUCCCACACUUCAAGGAAGUGAUUAUCAUGGCCACAAACUGUGACUCCUGUGGGCACAGAACAAACGAGGUGAAGUCCGGCGGAGCGAUCGAGCCGCAAGGCACCAGGAUUACCCUUCGGAUUACAGACCCUUCUGACAUGACGAGGGAUAUCCUAAAGUCGGAGACGUGCAGCGUGGAGAUCCCAGAGCUGGAGUUUGAGCUGGGGAUGGGCGCGCUCGGAGGGAAGUUCACCACGCUGGAAGGGCUGCUGAAGGACAUCGGGGAGCUGGUGGAGAGGAACCCCUUCACUCUGGGGGACAGCUCCACGCCCAGCAGAACGGAAAAGCUGCAGGAGUUCGUCAGGAAGCUGCACGAGAUCAUGGAGGGAAAGAUGCAGGCUCACUUCGUCAUGGAUGACCCUGCAGGCAACAGCUACCUUCAG